AUCUUCCAGAAAGAAAAUUCAGCAAUAAAUGCUUUGUUCUACAGCUCGUGUUCUUCUCAUCCCACAGAAAAAGUUCACUUUUCUAAGGCGAUUUUCUUCGAUUAUAAGCUCAACCCAUUUCAAUUCUGUGUCUAAUCUUCCUAUUUCACCUUUCUCUAAGCGGAUCCAUACAGUUUUUCCCAAUUCUUUUGUUACCUCUAAAGGUUUUGAGUUGUGGGGUUUAAGAUCAGAUCAUACCAUGGCUAGUCAAUCCAGCAAACCUCAAUCUGUUUAUGAUUUCACUGUCAAGGAUGCUAAGGGCAAGGACGUUGAACUCAGUAUUUACAGGGGCAAAGUCCUUAUCAUUGUCAAUGUUGCAUCACAGUGUGGCCUGACUAAUUCGAACUACACUGACAUGACGGAGUUGUACAAGAAAUACAGGGAUCAAGGCUUGGAGAUUCUCGCAUUCCCUUGCAACCAGUUUGGUGAACAGGAGCCUGGAAGCAUUGAAGAUAUCCAGCAGAUGGUUUGCACUCGCUUCAAGGCCGAGUACCCUAUAUUUGAUAAGGUUGAUGUGAAUGGCGAUAAUGCUGCUCCAUUGUAUAAGUUUCUGAAAUCAAGCAAAGGUGGGUUCUUUGGGGAAGGUAUCAAGUGGAAUUUCUCCAAAUUCCUCAUUGACAAAGGAGGAAACGUCGUCCAUCGCUACUCUCCAACCACUUCUCCAGCUAGUAUGGAGAAGGAUAUCAAGAAACUCUUGGGGGUUGCUUAAACUCUGGACUCUGCACUGUUUCUGCAUUUUGUGCUAGAAAUAAUGAGCAUAUUAUAGCAAAUAAGCUCUAUGUUUGAUGUAAUUUUCUUCUUGUUUAGCUACACUACUAUGUUGUGUUGCUUGUACAAUUUCAAUAUUCAAUAUACUUCUCUUAUUGUGA